AUGGAACAAGUAAUAUCUCAAACUUCAAAGUUAAAUCUAUUGAACAAUGGUAAUGUUAAUGUUAAUGGUAAUGGUAAUAUUAAUGGCAAUAUGAAUGUUGCUCCAUUACCACCAUUACCUUCAUUGCUUGGUGAGACUGCACCGUCGUCAUCUGCAUUGAAUACUACUAGUAAUAACGUUAAUAGUAAUAGUAAUCCAUUGUCUGCAUCAUCAAUGAUUCAACAUGCAGAUUGUAUAAGGGAUGGAACAUUGGCAUACAUAUAUAUCGUAGAGGACGCUCUCACCAACAACAAAGAGUUUUGUGCAAAACCAUUGGUACCUCUACCAAGCGUUGCAUACGCUCAACAUUCUCCCAAUGGCAAACUUGGUCAUCCAUUCAUUCACCAUAGUUCAACUAAUCCACUUCAAGAUCUAUCUAAUACCAAGGAGAUAUUUGAUUAUAUUAAUUUCUUUGAUGUAAAUCAAGCACUUUACUUUCAUCAAAAUGAUAAUAUUAAAAGAUAUAGUAGAUAUCAUUUAAAUUUGACACUAAAAUUCAUGGGUUGUAAAUCAUUGCACGCUAGACAAAUUACAAGUUCGAUAUUUGAUCAAUUGGAAAACUGUCGUGUCGAAGUGGAACAACAACAACAAAACCAACAAAACCAACAAGGUCAUCCUCUUCCACCAGCACCACCACAACACAACUUUAACAGUAACAAUUAUAACAACUUUAGCAACGCUGAUAAUCUACCUGUAUAUUGUGUCAGUUUGCUCAGAAGUACAUUCUACUAUAUAGUUGGUCACAUAUUGUCAACCUAUCAAUACAGCAAACCACAAUACAUAUCUGAUUUUCCAGUUGCAUGUGACGUUCAGGAAAAGAAACAUUCAUUUACCAUUCUACUUGGAGGUACCAGUGGAUGUGGUAAGAGUACAUUGACUGCACUUCUUGCUAGUCGUAUUGGAUUUGCUGCUGUCAUCUCUACCGAUAACAUCCGUCAAAUCCUUAGAAAAUUUAUUAGUCGUACUGAAUCACCUAUUUUAUGGGCAUCAACCUAUCAUGCUGGUGAAAUUAUUUCAAAUUCUUCUUUAUCUCAUAAAGAAAAGAUUUUACAAGGAUAUGAAGCACAAAAUGAUAUGAUUUUUAACAAAUUGGAUUCAUUAAUUGAUCAAUAUGAAAAGAGAAAUGAAUCAUUAAUUGUUGAAGGUGUACAUCUUGAUACACGUAUCAUUAUUAGAUUGUGUGAAAAACAUCCAUCCUGUAUUCCAUUCCUAAUGUAUAUAAGUAACGAAGCCAAACACAAAGAACGAUUUGCCAUUCGAUCGAAAUAUAUGACUUUGGAUCCACACCAAAACAAAUAUACCAAAUAUUUUAAAAAUAUUCGUAUCAUUAAUAAUUAUCUAUGUCAAGGUGCUGAUUCCAUUUCAAUUCCACAAAUAGAUAAUACAAGUAUUGAUCGUUCUUUGGCAACUAUUCAUGGUACUAUAUUUGCUUGUUUAAAGAGAAAAGCAAUGUGUGGUGAACCUUAUUUUAAUCCUGAUACUAAAAAAUUAACAAUGUUACAUCAAGAAUAUGAACAAAUUCAACAUCAAUUCUGGUCUUCAAAGGGAAUGUUGAGAUUGAUUAGAAAGAAGAGAUAUAGUGGUGUUCAAGUAGCAAAUGCAGAGACUGGUGAAGCCGCCUUUAAUAGUGAUGACGAGGACCAAGAUGACGAUCAUGAUGGCCCAGAAAAAAGAGUCUCUUUUGCCAGUAAAGUAAAGACUCAUAGCCGUGAUAAAAAUAUGUCCAACACUUCCACCUAUAACAAUUCAGACUCGGAAUCUGAUUCUGAAAGUAGAGAUGAACGUGUAGAUUACUUUGUUGAUUGUGGUUCAUUAGGAAGUUAA